AUGACCAUGGCUGGGAAUGGCACCACUUUAUCACAGGAAGAGAUUAAAACCAUCAUUUAUGUAUAUAUAGGAUUUCUUUCUCCCAGUGUGGUUGGGAGUUUUUCAGUCUUAGUGGUUUCACUUUUACGAUGGAGGCGGCUCCAAGAACAGAGGCAGCUCCUGGUACAGCUGGCUCUGGCUGACCUCCUGGCCUCUGCUGUGGUUCUGUCCAUCUCCAUCUCAAACCUCGUACCCAGAGAAGACCCUGCUGAGCUGUGUCUGUACGGCCUGCCCCUGGCCCUGGUGUUUUAUGUGCUGUCCUUCAUUCUGGUCAUCAUUUACGCUUUCAAAUCCAAGAACGUGUUUCAGGGCUGGAGGACAAGGCCUUCUUCAGACGGUGCACAGGUCCAGUGUGGAAGAACCAAUGAAAAGGCCUCCUAUACUUUACUGUGGGUGGCUCUGAUCGGGGUCUACAUGAUGUAUGCCAUCUUCAUCUCCACACAGACCCAAAUAGACAAGAAGUCGGACUGCUGUCAGAGCUGUUACCUGUUCUCCCACGUGUGGAGAGAAGGCUGCUCUGAGCUUGACUUCAUGCACCAGGCGCCAGUCUAUGUUGUGCUGUUUUUCAUGGUGGUGGCUGUGGUGCCCUGCUGCAUUGUGACCUACUCUGAGAUGCUGAAGUGGCACGAGGGUCAGGAGCAGCAGCAGCAGGGGCUCUUCCCCGUGGAGGGGGACGGACAGUCACGCAAGAGGUUCAAACACAUCAAGCACACGGCCAGUAUGAUGGUGCUGGUCAUCAUCUUCUGCUGGACCCCUGCUCUGCUUCUGUUCAUCCUCACGUGGCUCCUCCCCCAGGCCACGCUGUUUCCACUCUACAUCAUACAGGCUGCCACCGUGUCGUUACAAGGCUUUCUGAACAGCAUGGUGUACGCAUGGAAGAGGACCAACUUCACAGAGGCCGUCCUCGGGGAGCGCACGCCUCUCAUUUCCUACAACCACAUCUCCUUCUUCGAGGAGUCGCUCAAGUCCUCUCCCUGA